CUACAUUUCCCAGGAGGCGUCGCGCCCGCGCCGCACUACUUCCGGGCUGCGAAAGAUGGCGGCUUCCUAGCGAGCGCUCGACUGAGUUGGAGGGAGGCUCCGGCUACGACACCCUCUAGACAGCCCACUGUCCCCUGGAGACGAACCCAGAGGGGAGGAACCUGGCUUCCCCCAACCCUACUCCAUCCAGCCACUCAGGGGCCAUGGAGGUGGCAGAGCCGAGCAGCCCCACGGAGGAAGAGGAGGAAGAGGAGGAGGAAGAGGAAGAGGAAGAGUCAGCCGAGCCUAGGCCCCGCACACGCUCCAAUCCUGAGGGGGCUGAGGACCGGGCACUGGGGGCCCAGGCCAGCGUGGGCAGCCGCAGCGAGGGUGAGGGUGAGGCGGCCAGUGCUGACGAUGGGACUCCCAAUCCUCCCGGAGCUGGCCCCAAGCCCUGGCAGGUGCCCCCGACAGCCCCUGAAGUCCAGGUGCGGACGCCAAGGGUCAACUGUCCAGAGAAGGUGAUCAUCUGCCUGGACCUGUCAGAGGAAAUGUCGCUGUCAAAGCUGGAGUCCUUCAAUGGCUCCAAAACCAACGCCCUCAACGUCUCCCAGAAGAUGAUUGAGAUGUUUGUGCGGACAAAACACAAGAUCGACAAGAGUCACGAAUUCGCACUGGUGGUGGUGAAUGAUGACAUCGCCUGGCUGUCCGGCCUGACCUCUGAUCCCCGCGAACUCUGCAGUUGCCUCUAUGACCUAGAGACGGCUUCCUGCUCCACCUUUGAUCUGGAAGGUCUCUUCAGCCUCAUCCAGCAGAAGACUGAGCUGCCAGUCACGGAGAACGUGCAGACAAUUCCGCCCCCGUACGUGGUCCGCACCAUUCUUGUCUAUAGCCGUCCGCCCUGCCAGCCCCAGUUCUCCCUGACGGAGCCCAUGAAGAAAAUGUUCCAGUGCCCGUAUUUCUUCUUCGAUGUUGUUUACAUCCACAAUGGCGCCGACGAGAAAGAGGAGGAAAUGAGCUGGAAGGACAUGUUCGCCUUCAUGGGCAGCCUGGAUACCAAGGGGACCAGCUACAAGUAUGAGGUGGCGCUGGCUGGGCCGGCCCUUGAGCUGCACAACUGUAUGGCUAAGCUGCUGGCUCACCCACUGCAGCGGCCCUGCCAGAGUCACGCCUCCUACAGCCUGCUGGAGGAGGACGACGAAGCCACUGAGGUUGAAGCCACUGUCUGAACCAUCCCCGUGCCUCUCGGCCUUCCUGUGCAGCGAAACCCUUGGCUUGGAGAAUGGUUCUCAAACCAGGCUCCGUGGCACCCUGAUGGGGAGGGUUCCAGGAGGCUCCCGGGGCACCUGGGGGCCCUGGCAAGAAACUCAAGAUUCCAGGAAGCAUCCCAGGGACCCUGGGCACCCAUUCCCGGUGUUUUCCAGCCCACAUCCUGUCGCCAGUUUGUGAACUGUAAUUUGUGUUCUUCUUUGUGUGUUUUGAUCAUCAAAGUAAAAAUCUGAGAAUCCCUAACCCAGCUCCACAACA